GCUCUAGGGUCUGAAGCCGGCCUAGGGUCUCGCCAGCGAGCUCCGUGGCUCCCCUGCCCCCGAGCCAAGCUGUGCCCCGGCCCGCCGGCUGGGGGCGCGCAGCGCUCGCGUAACCCACAGCCCCGCCCCCACCGCGGUCUGGCGCGAGCCCCCAGCGGCCCCGGCCCCGCCUGGGCUGAGGGCUUUGGCGGCGCGAGCAGUUCUUGCUGCGCCCGGUGGGGAACGGGACAGGCCCCCAGCCCCUGCCGCGUUACGUCCAUGCGGGGCGCCUCCCCCGGCUUCAGCGGAGCAGGAAGGACCGCGCUGAGCCGGCUUCGGCCGCCGCCUCAGCCAGGCCCGCGGGCGCGCCUGGGAGAAGAGCGGCUCGCGGGCGCCGGCCGUUGGUUGGUAACGGACCGGCCUCGCGCGCACCCAGCAGAGCUCGACUGACUGGCCCGGGCCGGCCCCGCUGGUGUCUGGGUUUACAGCUGUAACAUGGCUGUCACAAUAAAAGAAUGUCUUCAGCUUCAGCUGUUGGAAAUGGAAAUGCUCUUUUCAAUGUUUCCUAAUAAAGGAGAAAUAAGCCUUCAGGACAAAAAUGCUCUUUCUUAUGUCCAGAUGUACUUGAAAAAUAUAAAAGAAGGACUACCACCUCGGAUUGAAUAUUCAAUUUCUGUUGAUAUUGAUGAGCCAAAGGUAAAAGUAGACUUGCAUGUAUCCUUGCCUCACAGCUACCCUCAUUCAGCACCGCAACUAUUUGCAAGAUCAAAUGCACUAGACAGACAGAAUCAACUGCAGCUCAAUAAACAUCUCACUUCUCACAUCAGUUCUUUGGAUUUAGGUGAACUGUGUGUAUGUGCAGCUGUGCAGUGGGUACGAGACAACAGUGCAUCUUAUUUCCAAAACAGUAACGUCUCUUUUGAAACUGCUCCAAAAGAAAAGGCAAUAAAAAUAAUUUUUCAUAGAAUGUGGAUCUAUAGCCAUCAUAUAUAUAGACAGGAACUGAAAAAGAAAAUCUUUGAUUGCGCAAAGCAAUUAAAUUUGACUGGUUUCUGCCUAACAGGGAAACCUGGUAUCAUCUGUGUGGAAGGGCUCAAAGAAAACUGUGAGGAGUUCUGGCAUGUUAUUAGAUAUCCUAACUGGAAACACAUUUCCUGCAAACAUGUUGAGAGUAUGGAAACUGAAGGAAAUGGGGAUAAGCUUCAUCUCUUUCAUACUUUUGAAGAUUUACAGUUCCAGGCACAUGGUGAUUAUGGACUGAGGAAUGACUAUCACAUGGACCUUGGCCAAUUCUUAGAAUUCCUUAAACAGCAUCAAAGUGAACAUAUUUUUCAAAUAUUAUUUGGUGUUUAAGGCAAACAUUCAGACAAUCAAGUGCAUAACUAGUUUUAAUUUUGCACAACGUUACAAAUUAUUUUUUUUAAGUUCAUCCAGGGAUAUACUAUGAUUAAAAACUGAGUGAAAUUGAUAUACUGUGCUUAUAGCUAUUAUAAUAAGGGAAACUAUGUAAAGUAAGAAAAUCAUGGUGCAAGGAUAGACCUUUUGCUUUUGUUUUAAAUACAUCAUAAGUAAGACCCUUCGUUUUCAGUUUAAACCAAUUUUUACCAAAAAAAUCCUGGGUUUUCAAAAGUACUUGGUUUUUUUUCUGAUUUUUGACCUCCUUUUGUAUCAUUCAACUAUAUAAAAAUUUGUUUUAUUAGGAAAAUACACUACAUUGUAUGAGCUAUAUGUAUUACAGUAAUACAUUAGUCUGUGUGUAUAUGCAUGCAAGCUCUGAAGUGUAAAAGUACUGAUGAAUCUCAUGCCCACCAUGUACACAUUUCGAGCCGUUAGAUAACGGUUGAAAAAUUUGACACUAAAAUUUGAAGAAAACUAUGAUUUGUAUCAGAAUAUGUUUCAGAACAUAAGGAAGUAUUCAAAAGAAUCAAAAGAGGAGAAAAGGAUGAAGUAUGUGCUGCAAAUGGUGUGACCCAAUUAUUAAAUUUGCAGCCAAUACCGUGAAAGGCAUGAUAAAAUGAAAAAAAUACCGACAGGAUCUCAGUGUAUAAUGAAUGGAAAAAAGUGUUGUAAGCUGAUAUAUUGGGGCUAUUCUAGUGGCACAAAACAGCCUAAACAUAAAGGCAGCAAAUCCAGCUUUCAGCGAUUCUUCUCAGUGCAGGGAGAGCUUCAGAAAAGAUACCAUUUAUGGUAUAGACGGACAUAUACAUCCAGCAUAGGGGAAAUUGUUGAUUAAUAAAUGCCAUUUCUACGCCAAUAAUGAAUCCAGAACAAUGCAGGUGAUGACUGAUGUCCCAACAUGAUUAAGUGCAGGUGUACAACGAUAACCCCUUCUACGCAAGGAUAAAUGUCAUUGCCAGUAACCACAAGACUUGGCAAACAUAAUACAAGGCCAUUUUUCAUCUGCAGCAAGAGGAAAUGGUUCCAGGGGAGACCACAAGAAGUUGUGCAGGUCUGUCAUGUGGUUAGAACUGACUGAGCUGCUUUGGUUUACAGGAAACCAGUUUCUCUUCUCUCACCCUUGAUUAUAGGGAAUUUUCACAGAUUUAUCCACUACUACAGAUUUCGUAAAUGACUGAAACACAGUGUUUUAAGUGGAGAGGGUUAUGUCCUCAUGUGCUUAUAUGGGUUUUAAGUAUGUUCUUAGAACUACUAUCACAGAAAUACUGAGAUAAAUGCACCUGAUUUCCUUCUUGGGUGAAAUAUAAAACCCACCACCUCUCACAGGUGCAGUAAAAUUAGCCACUUUUGGCAUGUCCAUGAUGAAGCUAGUGCACAGUCAAUGAGACUUUGAAGAUUGCUGUUUUUAAAUUCUCCAGCAGAUGUCAUUGCAGUCUACAAAUGCGUUUUUGAGGAUUAAUUGGUAAUUAGCAUGUGCUAAUCUCUGGAAGCUGAUUGGCUGAGCUUGAGUAUCACAUGUCGGUACACGGGACAUUAAUUAACAUACGCAAAUCCCUGAAAGAUGAUUGGCUGAAAUAUGAUAAUAAAUUAAUAGCUAAUGAGCUGGAAUUGCACAUAAAGGCGACAGCCAGCAGGCUAAAACUUUGUAGGGAUAGGGACCAGCAAGAGAGCGGAACGCUGCCGGACACCUACUAGAAGACACCUGCGCAAGAGAAGCCACCUGAGAAGCUACACUGAAACCCAGCAAAGGAAGAGCCGCUUGAAAACCAGUGGCUGUUACAGCAACAGCAGCAGCCCACCUAGGGUUCCAGGGUUGCCUUGGCAAUGACCGUUUCUGGCACCUGGCCAGCAGCAACAACCAACGGGCUUCUCUCUCUCUUACCUGAGGAGGAAGCAGCAGCGGACAACCCAGCAGCCCAUAACUCAUCAUCAGACAACGCUCCCAAACGUUGCUCACUAAAACUGACAUAGCAGAAGGACCAUUCCGGUGACGAGUCAGAAGGAUUUUAUAAAAGCUUCUAUGCUGUUUUUGAGUCACUUCAAUCAUCUCACUCGUUCCCAGAAUGAAAGAUUCACAAAGGUGGAAAACCCAGCUGGUUCUAUCACAUUAAUAUGAGGUAUCAAAGUAGAGAAAGACUGAAGCAGACAGAUUACUCCAACUCAAGCCAUUCGGUGUAUGAAAGAACUGGAGAGGCGUCGGUCUGCACUGCCCUUUAUACUCUGGUUUGGAACUUGAGGAGAACAAUUAUGCAUGUGCAGACCCAUGUACACGGCUUACUAAAACUCUCUAGACUAAGAUGCAUGGUUCAUAUGCAUACCCAUGUAUGGAAUUGACAUAGGGAUCCGAUCAUCGCUUGAAGAACAUAACCUUUCUCUACAUCAGUUUCCCAAUCUCUAAAAUGGAGAUAAUAAUAAAGUAAAACUGUACAAGA